AUGGCGUUUAGCUUUGGCUUUUCAGGCGAUGACAUAGAAGAGGAUUUGAAUGAUGUGCAGGAGCAGAGUGGGCAGCAGACAGGUGCUGUGAAAAGCAAUGUGCCGCCGCCCAUUGCCGCUCGAACUCAUGACUUGGAUAAAAUGCUCUCCACCCUCCCGGACAAAAUCUCCUUUUCCACCGUCUCCCUCACUUCCCCCAAAGGCAGCACCGCUCACCUCCCCCGCCGCGAACUCUUCGAUGUGCGCCUGCAACUCAUGGCCGAAGACGACGGCACAACCGCAUCCCCCUUAUCGGGCCUCGAGUCCAGCGAUCUGCAGCAAAACGUCUACGAAGGCGGCUACAAGACGUGGGAAUGCAGUCUGGACCUCGUGCGCUUCCUGCUGGACCGGGGCCCACGGAAAGAUCUCGACGACCUGGUGCGCGUGGGCCACGUGAUUGAAAUGGGAUGUGGGAGUGCACUACCCUCGUUGCUAUUAUUCCAGUACGCGAUAAGAGAAGGGUUAGGGAUUUACUUUACGCUAACAGAUUACAAUGCUGAUGUACUGCGGUGCGUUACGCUGCCGAAUCUCGUCUUGGCAUGGGCAGCGACGUUGAGUCGAGAAGAGAGUGCAAAGUUGUUUGCGGAAGAUACGCCGAAUCCGCUGCUACGCGAUGAAGUUUCGUCUGAGGAUCAGCACGCUGGUGGUGAAGAGGAAUACGCGGAUUUAUACACUACGCCUGCGCUGCUUGAAUCAUUCAAAGCUUGCCUGCAAAGUAUUGGUAUUACACUGACUUUUCUCUCGGGCUCCUGGGCUCCGACGUCCGCUUUGCUGCCGCUGAUUCCUUCGUCGCCUGAUCUCAACACUUUUAUUCUCGGCUCAGAGACUAUUUACAGUCCUGCGUCGCUGACGGCGUUUGCUGAUGCUAUCGUGGCGCUUAUGGGCCGCGUCAAGAUGGGCAAGACGCUCGUGGCGGCCAAGCGAGUCUAUUUUGGCGUUGGGGGCAGUGUCGAUGGCUUCAGGGAAGAGUGCAGUCGGCGGGGUUGUGUAGCAAGCGAACUCGAGUUUGAGGGAUUGGGAGAGGGCGGGGUGAGGAGAUGUUUGGUUGAGGUGCAGAUGUAUUAG